GUUUAUAAAAAUAAAUGUGUAAAUCUUCAUGAAAAAGGCGUAUUUACGGCUGUACAACCCUUAUCUGGAGCUCUGGCAAAGUGAUGCAGACAACUGCGCUUGUGUAAACAAAACACUUUCAUGUUUUUGAUUUAUUUUAAAGAAAAUUCUUUUGCUUUUUCCCAAUUCUCAGAACAUGUUGCGUGGAACAAUCUGUGAAUGAACAUCACAAAAUAUGUAACAUAAUGAUAUACACAUGUUCAGUGGGUAUAACCCGUCCCGAUUGGAUGCUAAUUUGAUCAAAUAUUUAAAAAGUAACAUAUAUGCCGAAAUUUUAUUUGUACAAAUUGCAAACUUUUGUGUUUUUGCAAUUUUUGAGCCCUUUAACAUGUCAAUGCUGUUCAAAGAAGAUUGACCGAUAAAACAGAAACUUGUUAAAUCAGGAUGCAGGAUCACAGGACUUUGUGGGUUUCCCCCUUUUAACUUAAAUGGAUGUGUACAGAACAUUUUGCUGGUGAUACCGGGUUCCAGACUGACUUUUCACAGCUUCAGAAUGCCCAGUUUACACAGUUUGAGCUGUCAAACUCACAAGGGCAGUCACAAGAUUUCUUCUCGCAGCCUGAAGACAUUCCUGCCAGACCUUCCACAGAGGGACAUCGCCAACAAUAUGAAAAGUAUAUAUCCAAGCCUGCGUUGUUUCGAGGUCAUGCUCGUAGCCAAAACAGUCAAAAUAACACAAUAUCUAUUCCUCAAACGGUCAAAUCUGUAGAUUUUAGCAACUCCAAUUCUCAGCAACAAUUAAGCAUCCAGAAAGCAAGAGCAAAAGAAAGGGAUGACAGAGAUAUGCUGAACAGCAUUGUUAACAUAGUGAAGGAAUGUUCAGAUGAGGUGAAGAAUAAUCUCAGCACUUUGAAGACAUCCGAAGACUUUAACAGCGAAUGCCUCAAAAAUUCAAUCAAAUCAUUGACAGAGAGGCUUGAAGAGUCUAGCACAAGAAUCCUGAAGGCCCUGCAGAAAGAUGAGAAGAACGAACACAUGGCUCAGAUCAACGCUCUCAAAAAGGAAAUUGAGAUGAAAGAUGAGCAUAUUCGAGAACUUAUCCAGCAGAAAGAUCAGCUGAACUCCUCAGCUAUGGAAAGCCUUUCUAGCUCUUUGGAAGCCUUUAAAGGUUUGUUCCUGCAACAACAAUCACAGGCUGAAAAGAAACUUCAGAGAAUGUUGGACUUGAGUGAGGAACAUUUGCAGUCGGCAAAGGAGUUUGAGACUUGCCAGAGACAGGGCAACAAACACAUCCAGGAAGUGAAGUAUACCGCACAGAGACACGCCCAAGACUUGGACAAGCGGUUGGCUGAUGAACUCUUGAUGCUGCGGGACGACUUGGAGAGACAGAAACGAGACCUUGAAGGUUUUUUCCAAGCGCAAAUUAUAACCAUGCACCAAAAGCAUGAGCAACGAAUUUUAAAAGGGGUAGCAGAAAGUUUGCAGCGCCUGCCUCCAGUAAGUGCUGACUCAGUAGGACAGGCCUCUAUCCUGAGGGACAUCUGUAGGACUCAACAGAAAGAGCUGGAGAAGUACAUCAAGACCCAGUCAUCUGAACUGAACAGGCAUUUCCUUAAGGAAAACAAGGAACUAUUUCAAAGGCAGCAAAAGGACAUGAAAACUAAGAUAGAAUCCAAACUGGAAAUUUUGGACUGUAAUCAGAAGCAACUUUCCUCUGAAACGAAGACUUAUUUAGAAGAUAUCAAGCAAACAUUGGAGACCAAGGUGCUUCCCUGGCAGAACAAUGAUAUUGUUCCCAAGAAGAUUCAGGAGCAACUGAAUGAGCUUCAUGACAAACACCAGGCAGAGAUACGUAGACUGGAAUCUGAGAUGGAAAAACAAAGAAAACAGAGCCUUGAAGUGCGGACAAGAACAGUUAACAAGCCUGAAGAUGAAGGCAGUAUGCAGAAUGACGUGUUCAAACUUUCCAAUGUGUAUGAUUUCAAUAAAGCUGAUAUGGACUCCAACAGAAAAAACGUUGUAAGGUCAGGCACAAUAUUCAAUAAUAAAGGUCAGGAAUUUCUGUCGCCCCGCCCCCCACAAGGCAAGUGGAAUAGCCGCACGUUGUUUGGCAGAGCCAACCCAUCCCCAUCUCCAGUUGCCACUGUGUUUCCUCAAAGGCAGCUGCGUAAUGAAAUUAUUGAAAACGCUAGCAUUUCUUUACAGCAAAUGCCCUUUGAAGACAGGGACAGAAUAAUGUCCUUACAGGCCUCUGUUAAUCCUUCAGCAAAUAAUGGAGGGGCAGCAGAUGACAGUCAUACAAACGGCUUGCAGUCAAGUUUAUCUGCUGCUACUGUUACAAAGUCGAAACCUGGAAGGAAACGGGGUGGUAAAAGGAAGAAAAAAAAGCAAGAAAAGAAUGGUCCUCCACAAUCUAAAAUGAUGGAAGCAGCAAGGGCGACUGAGCAGGAACGCAACCAGUUGGUGAAAGUGAGCAGCAAACCUUUGGAUGUUUUUGCUUUCCAUGAUCCCACCUCACCUCCUCCUAGAGUAAUGAAGUCAAAUAGAGGAAGUUACAACGGCAAAAGUGAACGGGACUCUGAUAACUCAUGGACUUCUGCUUAUAAAGAUUCUGAUGGAGAUAGUAGUAUGAAUUCCUCACCGUCACUGUCCAUCACUGAAAUCUUCAUACGAAGGAAGGUCCACACUGACAAAGCCAGAGUUACAGAAAAUAUAGGAGCCAUUGUUCCCCCUGCAAGCUUCACCAAUCUUGCAGAGAUGUGCAGUACCAGUCUGGAAGUCUCCAGCAUCUUGUCACAGGAAGGGAGACAGGUGCGUCGCUCAACAGAGAAGCGCAAACUUUGUGACUAUGAUGGCGAGGUAUUCCAAAUAUUUCAAGCACAGAAAUGUAGACGAUAUUAGCAACUGAACUUCCAACAGAAAUAUUUUACACCAUUAUGAAUUAGUAAACUGUUUUAAUUUUGUCAUUACCAAACAUUUUUAUCCCCGCCAAAAUUUCAGAAGGUGAUAUAGUAAUUGUCUCCGUCCGUCCGUCUGUCCUUCCGUCAGAAACUUUGUCCAGAGCAUAACUCCAAAUCUAUUCAAUGGAUUUACUUUAAACUUAGAAUAUAAACAGAUGGCAACUAGGAGAAGUGCUAUGACCAAGAACCAUAACUCCUACCUUAGUUUUUGAAUGAUCUCCCUUUAUAUAAUUUCAAAGUAAAUUUUUGUCCGGAGCAUAACUCUAAAUCUACUGAAGGGAUUUUCUUGAAUGUUUGUGAAAUAUAAACAGAUGGCAAGUAGGAGAAAGCAGUGACUAAGAACCAUAACUCUAUCUACCUUAGUUUUUUAAUUAUCUCCCUUUAUUUAAUUUCAGCAAAUAUUAUUCUACUCUCUAAAACAAAUGUUCUCAUACAAGCAAACACAUUUUGGUGGGGAUGGCCAUGUUAACAUGGCUCUUGUUUCAUUUACUUACUGACCACUUUUCCAUAGUUCAUAUAGUUGAUUAUGUAAAAAUUUUAAGUUUCAAUAAAUCUGUUAUGCUUCUCCUAAUCUCAUAUUGAAAUUAUUUUGAUCUAAUUUUAUUGUUUGAAAUUGUUAUGCAAACAUUGAUUAUUGUUAAAUAAUUUGGAACAUUACACAUUUGUUAAAUAAAUUGUAAACAUCACAAA